AUGUACUCGCCGAGGGCCUUCUCACGGCUCAGUCACAUCCGUCAACCCCCAGUUUCCAGAAGAUGGUUCUCUGAGGUCUCUCGAUUCUCCGUUCAUGGCAACGCGAAUAAUUCAAAGAGCAGCCUCAUCACGACAAUCAAAGGCGCUCAGUUGGAGCAUGGCAAGCAGAAAGAUGCUCUGCUCAUCCUCGCUUCUCGCCAGUUUGCAUCUUGGCUUCAGGAUGAGAAGUUCAUGGGAAGUCUCAUAGAGCCCUUCUCGGCAUCUAAUCAAGACACUAGCGGAUUCCAUACUCUUGCCGCGGCAGUGGAUGGCCUUCAACCUCUUCAGCCUCUCGGAGAGAUCCCCCACGGGUUCUCCUUCUAUCGUGGCAACCUCGACUCGCUUUUUCCCAACUUGUGGAAGGACUCUCAGUCAAAACCCUCGAGCAAUCCGAAGCUGCAGGCAUCCCUCAACUUCCAGCUCAGCCCUCUCAAAACGUUUUCUUCUUCCAUGACAUGUACGAUGCCUCUGGCCAACACCAUAUUCCAGAACGGCAGGCAAUCGACGCUUCUAGCAACCCGCUGGAGCAGAUCCGGAAACAAAAUGGUUCAGGCCGAGGUCGCGGAGAAACAGACCCAAGACGUGUGUUUCCAUCACGACCUCGCCAGUGCCGAGACUGCUAUUGAGGCGCCAUUGGUUCCCAUAACAGCCCCUCGCAAGAUUCUCAGCGGUCUGGGCAACAUCAUUCGGCAAAUUGAGGUUAAUGAUCAACCUACCCCGGCGUCAAAGGAGCUCGAAACUGCCGUUCAAACUCUUUUUGACAGAAGACUGAAUGAAGGCCACGAGUUCCCUCCGGGUCCUGUUGGCGUUUGGGCCGUGGUUGUCCCGCCCUCCGCCAAGCAGUCCGAAGACGUGGAGCUUCUACGGGAGUGGGCAAACAGGCUGAAUGAGAACAGUACUGCGGAAGAUGAGUGGAAGCACGCCUUGGACACGAAGGGUUUCAUGCGGGGUCUGCUGAGUCACGGCACCAGAGUCUACAGAAUCCUGAGUGGCGGAGGUGGGUGGGGAAAGAAGCAAGGCCUUCUCUCCCUGGACCCCGAAACCAAGUAUUCACCCUCUUCUGAGGAAGAGGACCUUGAUAGCUUCAUCCGCUCCUUCUCUAGCCAACACGACGGAAAAGCCCAAGAAGGCGUCGUGGCCCCGGGCUCAUACGUCCAGUACUUCGUCUCUCCUCCCGCCACCGCCAAGCCGGCGCUGUCUCCCACUCAAUGCUCAUUUGCAAGCGUCGCCUUCGGAGCUUCAGAGAGCGCACUCGCGGAGGAUACGGCCUCUACCGAAGGUCCGUCGGGGUGGGAAAUCGUGCCCGGUUACUUUGGUGCCGUCAGCAGCCACGGACUUUUCAUCGCCUCUCAAGGAGUUAAGCUGGCACAUACUACCGAGACGAAGCUUGACGUGCCAGACACAUGGGUCGGUUACAAAGAUUGA